CAGGAUCCCCCGAGUUCCUACACAUCAAGGGCUGACCGCUCCUGGCCCCCAGAGUGAGAUUCCAUGCCUUCAUAAAUGCAAGUACAGUGGAAACAGAACCCUGCUGUUGUGGAAGAUUUCAAAACAUGCUGACUCCCUGGAAGCUUCUCCUUUGCCAAAUGGCAAUGAAUAUACUCUACCACGUCGUAAAAGCCAGCCUAUGCCUUGGUGGGCAGGAUAUUUUUGCCUCUGUUCGAGAGAACAGUCCGACAGGGGAGUUUGUUGCAAACAUCAACAUGGAAGGAAACCCUGGAACCACUACUGUUCGACUGUGCCUCACUGGAGAGAAUGCUAAUUGGUUUUUCCUAGAGGGGCAAAGUAUCAGACUAAACUCCUCUUACACUAGGGGUUUAGAUCGGGAGGCUCUGGGGUCAGUACUAAUGGCAUUCUUGACAUGUUAUGAGGAUGACAUAGUACAGAGUGAAUACAGAAUCAUGGUUGAGAUCUUGAAUGAAAAUGACAAUAAGCCACGGUUCGUGGAGAAAACAAUACAACCCCUGUACAUAACUGAGCUUACUGCAGUAAACUCGGAAGCUUUUGCAGUGAAGGCCAAGGAUGCUGAUGGUGACACAAUUUUAUACAUUCUUGAUCGCACAUCGCCUGAUGCUGACUACUUCAGAAUAGACUUGCCCAACAGCGGCAAAGUCAUCCUGGACAAGCCUCUGGACUUUGAGACAAAGACUCAGCUGGAGGUGGUCAUAUAUGCAGUGGAGAUGAACACAAGGGAAAAGUACAACACUACUGCGACGUUGAUUGUGAAUGUUCUGGACGGGGAUGACCAGUACCCAGUAUUCUUGCCAUGCACUCCCAUAUCACGACACCAGGAUGACUUGAUCUGUACCAAUCCCUUAUACACUGUCAACAUCACAGAAAAGGAACAGGACAGUGUGUUACAUUUUGCUCCCGGUCCCAUUCACGCUGAAGACGGAGACAAAGACAUCAGAGCUCUUAUAACCUACAGCCUGCUUUCAGGUGAUGAUCAUGGACGCUUCAUCAUUGACAAUGCGACUGGACAGAUCACGCUGACCAGACGUGUGGAAAACAGACUGCUGACACCCAACUACACAUUACGCAUUAUGGCUGCUCAGAAGAAUGACCCAAAGAAGUACACUGUGGCAACAGCACUUGUGCACGUUCAAGCUGAUAACCACUUUCAGCCCCACUUCAACAAAACCACCUACAAGGGCUUUCUCAUAGAAAGCUCCAGUCCUGCAACACUGGUCUCCACCUAUGGCAAUGACGUCCUGAUGGUCCAAGCAAUUGACCGGGAUUUCAGAGAUGGAGUAAAUCCUAGGAUGGCGUAUUCCAUCCAACCAAAGGGCUCGAGCACUAAUCUCUAUCACAUAACACAGGACGGAUUCCUGAUUGCAAGGACUGACCUCCUCCAAGCAUUUGACAGACACAUUCUCAAGGUGGUUGCCAUGGACCUGGAGACUGGUGAGACUGCUCAGACUUCAGUUGAUAUAGAAGUUCUCCAGAAAGGCCAAUCAGUUCCCCGGAGUCAGUUUGGAGAGGAACGGCUGUUUGGUGACAUGGACGCAGGCCUAGCCGGUGGCAUCGCAGGGGUAAUUCUCCUGUUGGCUGUGGCGGCACUGUGCCUCCUCAUACGGAUUGCGAGGAGGUGGAGGGAUAGGCAGGACCCUGGAGAGAGAGGCUCUGUUGCCCUAGGGAAGCAUCCUAAUGUGGUAAGGGAUGGUCCACUCAUGAAAGCAAGGAGCUUAAGGUGGUACCAGAUGGUGAAUUCUGGACGCCCAGUGCCCCUUAUUGAAGAGUUCUCCUACAACAAUGAAGCAUACCAUGACAAUGAAACUGACUUUAACAGUCUUUGUGGGAAGGAAGGAAUUUACACUAAAAGCAAUGACAUUUCUCUACGCCCAACCUCACUCAAGCAGUUCAGAUACAGAGAACCCAAUCAACACAGGAAUAAUAACAACAUGCUUCCUAUUCUAGUCAUGCCAGAACCACUGUCCGAUGUACCAUCCUCAUCUAUUUUGACCAAUGGAGAGGUCAGGGAGAAAUUCCUUGAUAAGUCGGCCUCUUUCAGUGAAGGGACCUACAGAGGGGACUGGGAAGCCAGCUCGCUAGGCCAGAGCAGAAUAAAGAGAUUAGAAAGGCGCCACACCGCAGGCAGAAUGGAAGGCAGGGGAGACAGUUCAAUAUUAACUCAAUUCUGCAUUACAUCCAGUAUUUAUGAGAGACGCCAAUGCAUGGAGAGUGAAAAUAGUGACGAUGAAGUUCUAACGAUUGAUAAUUCAACAUCAAAGCUUAUAGCCGAAUGUCAGGAGAGCCGCGAAUGUUGUGCCAGCGAUGACAUUGAGGAGGAGGAGAUUAUAGAAGAGGCCGGUAACAAGGAGAAGGAGGAGGAGGAGGAGUUCAUGGAGCCUACGUUUUACAGUGCUGAUGAGGAAGACACAAUGCUAGAAGACAGGCCAAGAAUUACAUUUCAGUUCAAGAGACCCAAGCCACCCAGGGCUCAUAAGGAAUUAUUAUCAACACCUAAACAUGAGGACUCCCAAGCCAAUAACAACAACCAAACACCUGUAUCAAUUCCAAAGGAGGACGCUGAAGUACAAGGGGAUCAGGAAGCGGAUCCUUCACAGACACAAUUUCUGUGCAUUGAAGACAAUUCUGCUGAUGUUGAAGUUUAA